GGCAUGUAAGCCGGUCAUUGUACCAGGGCAAUAGAACGCUUUUUUGUAUGCUUCGGCCAGUGAGGCAUGUCGUGGUCCAGUGUGUCAAGUAUUGGCAAACAAAUCAUGUGAGCUGAAGUAAGCACAUGACACAAGCAAGAUGUCAGAAGUUCAGCUGGUGUUCUUUGAUACUUUUGCACAUGAUACAGGAACAGACCUCAACCUGGACCUGGUUAACUUCAACCGGGAGGUGUUCAUCAGUGAGAUCCGCAUCAUCCCUUUGGGGGCGCGCGUGCGGGCUGACUUCCCGGGCGGCGAUCGGCUCGGGGCUACCAACCCAUCAGAGUUUACCCUAGACUUCUUUGUACAUGACCUCAGCAAGCCAGGUGUGUCCGCUUUUCAAAAGUUGGGCAGUAUCAACUAUGACCAGAAAGGAAAAAUACAGCUGGAAUUUGAUAGCAAGACGCCGACCGACGGUCUGGUGCUGCGCGGCUGGUACAGCACCGUCACGCUGGCCGUGUACGGCAGCCUGACGCGGCUGCGGCCGACGCCGGUGCCGGCCGCGCCCCUGCAGCCGCCUGAGGGGACGUCGGGGGCCGUGUGCGAGGCGGCACGUGCCGCGCCUCAGACACCGCCCAGGUCGCCGCCGCUGGACCAGCAGGGGCCGCUGACGGCGCCCUCCUCGCCCUCGCCGAGGAAGGCCGACGCCGAGGAGCUGCUGCACCCGCUGUCGCCGGGUGACGUGGAGGCCAUCAGCGACGACGAGAUCCCGGAGGCGCCGCUGCUCGACGCGGACGACGCCCUGGAGGACAUCAUGUCGGACGAGGAGCCGAUGGACGAGAUCGUCGAGUACACUGAGGAAGAGGACUGGGAGGAGGUGCUGCGUCCCUUCAACCCUGACAGCUUCCAGCUGCAGCCGCUACAGGGGGUGCGGCCGCCCUGGCUGACCCAGUUCGAGCUGGCGGCGCUCGGCGACGUGCAGUCGGAGCAGGCGGAGCGGCUGGCGCAGCUGGUGGCCGCGCACGGGGAGCGGCCAGCUGCCGAGCCGGCCGAGGCUUGGGUCGAGGACGUGGAGGCGAUCGCUCCGCACCUGCCGGCCGCCCUGGCCCUGCUUCGCCGCCGCGACGGCGAAGACCCGGAGCCGGCGCUGCUCGCCUGGCUGGAGCACGGCCUCGACUUCGAGGCUGCCGUGCGCCAGCCGCAGCUGCCGUUCAAGAUGCGCCACCUGAAGGCGGGCGUGCACCUGGCGCAGGCACUGUUCAGCUGCGACGCGCCACUGGCCGGUCGGCUGGUGGCGCGCGGCACGCUGGCGCGUCUGCUGGACCUCUGGGAGCGCGAGCAGAUGGCUGCCUCGGUGCGGCUGAUGGUGGUCACGGCGUUGGCGGCCGCCGUUCGCUGGCAGGCGGGGCUGCAGGGUUUCGUCAGCGGGGAGAACUCCUGCUACCGCCGCGUCGUGACCAUGCUCACCACCAAGAUGUCGGCGCGGCUGAAGGCUGCGCUCAUCAGUCUAGUGCGGAAGGUCCACAGCCACCGCACGGUCUCGGAGCUGGCUUCGCUGGCCGGCCGACUGGGCGCCGCCGAGCUCUCGUCGGCGGCGGCGCCCGAGCUGAGCCACACCGUCGUCAGGGUUGAGGCCUGUCUCAGCCAGGUGUGCGUUCUGCUGCGGUCAGCCGACACGCUGCUGGGACACUCGGAGCGCGCGCUGCCCGUGCAGCUGGUGUUGGAGGCGGCGCCGCCGGCCGGCCGCCCUCUGGCCGACCUAGUCUACCUGCUGCGCUGGUCUGGCCUGCUGGAGGCGCUGCUGGUGCUGCUGCAGACGCCCAGCUGCUUGGCGUCGUCCCGGCUGCUGGACGCCGCCCGCGCCCUGCUGAAUGAGCUGGCCGGCUCGGCUGAGGGUCUGCUGCUGCUGGCGGCGGCGCCCGAGGUGUCAGCGCUGCACGCGCUCACCUGCCUGUCGGGCGGUGUGCGCGGCCGGGCGGCGCUGGUGCACGUGCUCAGCCGCGGCGAACUGCUGUGGCCGCUGGUGGAGGCGCUGCGCGCCGCCGAGCGCGGCACAGCCGUGGCCGAGUACUGUGCCGAGCUGCUGCUGGUCCUGGCACGCGAACAGGCCGAGCGCUCCGAACUGCUGCCGCCGCCGCUGGUGGCCGCGCUCCGACUCCUGGCGCAUGCCGCCGUGCCGCCGCCGGACGCGGCCGGAGCCGCGCCGUCCGUGCGCGAGCUGCGCUACCGGUACGCGCUGACGCAGCUGUACUCGGCCGACGGUAUGGAGCUGGUGCUGACUGUGCUGCGCCGCGUCACUGAGGCGUACGGCCAGCCCGCCGUGCACGCGCCGGCGCUGGCCGGCCAGCAGGGGCUGGCGCUAUGUGCGCUGCUGCGGCCGGCGGCGGCGCUGCUGCGCCAGAUGCUGGCGCUGGCCGUGGAAGCACGCGGCGCCGAGUUCCAAGACCUGACUUCGGUAGCGCCGCUCGUCGAUACGUACCUGCUGCUGUGGGCCGUGCCGUCGGGCGCGGCCGCCGCCAGCUUGGCGCAGCGCGUGCAGGCGGACGUGGUCGGCGCGCUACUGGCGUUCACGCAGCCGGACGUGGCCGUCACGUCCGAGGCAGCCGUGCAGCAGAGCGCCUGGACGCGCAUGGUGUCGGAGGUGCUGGAGGCGGCUGUGCGCGCGCCGCACACCCUGCUGCCGACACUGGGUCUGCUGUCGGAGCUGUUGCCGCUGCCGCUGCCGCUGCAGACGGCGCGGCCGCUCGGCGAGACGGAGGCGGCGGCGGCGCUGGAGCUGCGACGGCUCUGGGCGGCACACCUGCUCACCACCGGCGACCAGGUGCGCGCGCUGGCUGUGCUGCUCUGCCAGACGUGCUGCGCACCGCUGCUGCAGGCGGCGCGCAGUCUGCUGGUGCAGCUGGCCGACCUGUCGCCGACGGCGGCGCUGCUCGUCACGUCGGCCCUGCUGGAGGCCGUGCAGGGCACGCUGAGCAGCCCGCCCGGCGGCCUGCCGCACGCGCUCAACCUGCUGGCCGGCCUCGUCACGCACCCGUGCAUCAAGGCGGCUGUGCUGUGGCUGCUGAGUGACGCGCACGGCCCGCUGCUGGCGCGCCUGCUCGGCCUGCUGACGGCGCGACCGGCCGGCCUCGCCGCCGCCGAGCACCUGCAAGCGCAGGAGUGGCUCGUCUCCACUCUGCACGCGCUCUGCGACCAGGAGGUGAAUAUGGCGGCCGGGCGCGAGCGCGAGCCGGGCGGCGAGCCGGCGGCCGGCGCGCUGCCGCCGCUGCCGCUGCUCUCGGCUAUCACGGACAGCCUGAUGGCGCACCUGAGCAGCGCCGACGCCGGCUUCGGCUCGCUCCUGCUGGCCGUGCGCACGCUGGUCAUUCUUACCGAGCACAAGCGCGGCGUUCACAGGAUCAAGAGCGGCCUGGCGCACCACCCGGGCGGCCUGCAGGCGCUCAUCAGUCGGCUGUCGACCGAGUUCAGCCGUGACAACAGCGACUGCAUGGCCACCGUGCAGGCGACGCUGGAGCUGGUGCGGCUGCUGGCUGAGCCGCAGUCGGCGGCGGCGCUCAGCGCGGGCGAGGAGGCCGGCGAGCUGGUCGACCCGCCGCUGCGCGUGCUCGAGCGCAAGAUCCAGCAGGAGGUGUGCGGUGAGGACGAGGAGCUGGACGCGCUGCGGGAUGGCUUCGCCGAAGUGAUCCGCCAGCUGGACGGCGUGGAGGAGGUGCCGGAUACGGUGGAGCCGGGCGAGCCGCCGCCAGAGGGCCGGCCGCCGCCCAGCCUGACGCAGCUUUACGAGCAGCGGCCUGUCUGGGCGCUGGGCGAGGACGACAUACCCGCCUACUGGCUCCAGCAGGGCGUCGACGAGGAGAUGGACCACGACGAUGACCUGGUGAGCGCCAACCUGAUGGCGCUGACGCGCGAGCUGCUGCCGGGCCCGCGCGGCGACCACUUCCGCUCCCGGCCGCCCAACACCUCGCGGCCGCCGUCACUGCACGUGGACGACUUUGUGGCACUGGAGAAGCGCGGCGAGCACCCGACCGGCCCCACCGGCUACAAUAACGUGCCGCGCGCGCCGGCGCGAGGACGGGGCUCUGGCAGGUCACGGGCCAGGUCGCGAGGAGCCUUCGACAGGGCACGUGGCGGCUUCUCAGAGUUCCGAGGUGGCAGGAACCGCGGAGGCGGACCGUCGGCGCGCGGCGGCGGCGGCGGCGGUGGCGGUGGUGGUGGUGGCGCCGGUACUGACGGCUACCGUAGCAGUCCGGCCCGGUACCGCGGCGACGCCCGCCACGAGGACCGCUUCGGCGCCGCUACUCUGCAGCUCACUGACAAGGGCUACUUCUAUCGGAGGGUGCGCAGCGAGUUUGACAAGUCCCGGCACGUCGAAAGCACAGAGCAGCGACGCUUCCUGUUUGAGAAGGGCCACUCCGUGCUGAGCCGGCGCCGGCUGGUCUGA